GCCAAGAAUCUAUCACUAUGGAUAAUUGAUAAUUCCUUAAUUACAAUCUUAAAAUAAAUUAGAGCAAGCCCCCCACAAAAAGACGAAUUUGCAAAAAGAGACAACAACCCUCCGCCCGUUGUCACUUUUUGAAACCAACGGUAAACUCCAUUAAUUUAUUCAUUUUCAAUUCGCUGUCACAAGGAAAACCUCGUUAGAGAGAGCAGAGCAGACAACAAUGGAGAAAGAGGGCAAAAGGAAGAAAUUGAGGAGAGAGAAGGAUGAGAGUUGCGAGAAGAGGAGUCCAUUGCAGAAUCUCAAUGGAUUUUCUAAUCUGAAUAGCAACAGCAAAAAAAAAUCGAAUCUUUCUUCUUCGUCUUCUUCAGCAGCUGCUGUUUCUGGUAAAUUAUUAGCUCCCAAAAAUUGUUUACGUUUUUUGCUCUCUUCAAAUUCAUGUUCUUCAUAUUCGUCGUCUUCUUCUUCUUCUUCUUCUUCGACAACCCAUCUCGACAAAAAAUUGAAACCUUCCCCGAAUCAGCGAACAAUGAGCCCGAAAAGAAAUUGCGAUCCAGAUCCAAAGAAAAUGAAAUACCGAAAAAACCCUUUCUGCAGAAAUCCAGAACCAACCCACCUCAAACCCUCACUCAUAGUAAAAACAGCGAAAAUAAAGCAAACCCUAUUUACAAAAAUGCCCAACGAUCGAAGCUUUCAUCCGUUCAGAACAACCGCGUGACCAAAUUGAAGAAAGGGUCCGAACAAUUUAGGGCAAAGACGAAUAAUUCUCAAGAAAAUGGUUCAAUUGAGCGACCCUUUGAGCUGCUUGGAGUAGCUAACAAUAGUACAUUGAAUUGUACUCCUGUGGGGAAAUUAGCAAGCGGGCCCGGUUUACGAUCUGUGAUCGAAGAUUCGAAAGACGAGAGAGUUAACAAUAACAGUGUCGCCACUGUGAAAACACCUCCGGUCGAGGCCUCGUUAUCGCCCGAAAUUCAAAACCAGUCCCACUCUAAAAUACUGGUUUUAAACUCGGCAGCAACUCCUGUUUGUUACGGUGCAGGCCACCUCAUCUCGGGCGUCACGGACAAGAGAAAAUGCAGGCGUAGAGGUAGCCUUAAAGGGGGUUCCGAAAAAGUCAACCUUUUCGAGGAUGAAAAGGAUUUGACCGAUGAUUUGUUGCGGGAUCCUUCGAUCCCUUUACUCGCCGAGGCUUCGGUUCGAUGGCUGUUGUCUCCUUGCAAUGAAGGAAGUGAUUGUAAGAACAAGGCAGACGAAUGUCGUAUGGCGUGUGAUAUUGAUUCGGGUGCAUCACUUGAUGUAAUAAUAUCUUCGCCUUCCGGUUUAUGCGGAAAUGCAUCCGAUUUUGUGUGUUCUGAAAGUAGAUAUAGUGGGAGUGGCAGCAUAGGUAAUUUGGUCGAUGAAGGGCGAAAUUGGAACAAGAAUAAGGAUGGGUUUUUGUCAGCUAAUUCGACACGAUCUACUGUUUCUUUAAGUAGUCGAAAUAUCGUCGAGACACCAAACUCGGAUUUCAGCACAGACGUCUGUAAUGAAAGGUCAAGGUUAGAAAAACAUCACACUGAUGAUUUUGUUCUGUCUGAACUCGAUUCGAUAAGAGAAACUCUCGACAUGGUGAAGCUGUCACCCAGGAGUGAGGUGUCGAUGUGGGGUCCACCAAGUUACAAUGGCAUUAAUCGACAUCAAGAAAACAUGGACAGUGUUUCUUCUUGGGUAUCCAAUGAUGCUACAUUAUUAGAUAAUUUGGAGUUAUCUCGGAUAAAGAUAUCGUGGCGGGACGAUGAGCUGGCAAGUGGAACAGUCGAGACGAAUACCGACGAACUUGAUUUCUGUCGAUGCUUGUCUGAUGAAGACGAAAAGGCAUACCUAGGUGGUGAGAGAAGUAACUGCAUGGGAGUCGAAAAUAAAGAAAAUGGUCCGAGGGUAGACAACGAUUUGUCUCCGAUGAUUCUUGAUUACGAACCUCGUAUUUCAGCUAGAGGGAAGGAAGAAUCGGUGAUGGAGAAACGGAGUGUAUAUGCAGAGUCUAUUAGUACUGAUGGGGGUGGCUUAGUUGCUUCUGAUGAUUCAAACUGGACUUAUUGCUGCCAUGAAAGCCAGGUCAAAUAGUUGUUUCAUUCUUCGUAUUAGUAUUAUCUUUCGUGUCGAAUUCGAAUUAUGUUGUAAUGUUUUCGACUCUCGUCGUGCUUUUUACCCGUUGUUACAAACUUUUGAGAGUGGAUUUUGGAGGAUACAAUGAU